AUGAUUAACAGUGUCCUAAAUUGGCGGUCGGAUAAUGGUAAAAUCAAGCGUAUCGAGCAGCCUUUUGAGUCUGCCGUGGGUUUCCUCCGACCUUUAUUGUACUUCUGUGCAUUGUCCAUUAUUUUCGCGACCCUGUUGCCCUCUUUGGUGGCCGCAAAACCUUUGGGUGGACCCAUCGGUACCUUAAAUGAUGCUUUUCGAACUCAGGAUAAAAUCUGCUCCGUCGGUCACAUCGACGGACAGGGCAGUUACCGACAAUUAGUCGGCACGCUAGCGGGGCUGGAUGUAGGAGCCUUGGGCCACAGCAAAAAGAUUUACACUGGGUUCAAAUUCCAUCAAGUUUUCAGCUUCAAGGGCCUUUUCGACAAAGUACAGCCCAAGAUAAAAAUGACGUACUGCAGCCUGGGUAAAGUCCAAUGGCAGACAGAACAGAACAACUUCCCAGGAUCGGAGUGGAACUCUCCUAUCUGCGUAUACACGCCGGCAAGUGCACCUUCCGUAGCAAAAAGUAACAGAUUUUGGCGGAAGUUCGCGCCUAGGCGUACUUCGGAAGCGGAAAUUCUAUCAAGCCACAAACAGCGUGCAACCGAAGAUUUGGAUAACUUUCACUGUUUCAAAUUAGCGCGCAGAGAGAAAUACUUCCAUCGUAACAUGUCGAUACACCUGCCAAACAAAUGGGUCGGUGGAAUUUUUUACUGUGAUCUUGAUAAUGACGCCAAGAGAACCAUCCUGGGCGGUAUGAGUGACAGUCUCGAAUCUCAAAAUUUGGAGAAUGCCGUCGUUUGCAAAACAGAUAAUACCAUACCGUUGGAACCACUGAUUUCUGACAGCUAUCUUAAACAUUGGACAGAAGUGAAUCCUAAAUCGAAAUUGCCCUUUUUGAGAAGGAUAUCAAGAACCCACAUGAAAAAGACAGUGCCGUUUUUGCAUACACCAUUGGCUGCACCCUUUAGCGGAAAUUUCAGCAUUCAAAAUCGAGUUGCUUCCAAUACUUCUGCUCUCAACGGACAGACAUUCAGUCUUGCAAACCACUUGAGCUGGCUUCCGCUCUCCAAAGAUACGAAUGAACAGUGGUUUACAGAUAUCGAGCCGGAAGAAAGUUAUGACGAUAUUCUAAACGCGAACAAGGGAAUUUCGCGGGUAGAAGAUACAAUUAGGCGAUUCGAAAAGUUUCUGGUACGGGCUGGCUUGCGUAACUAUACGGGCUCUUGA